AUAGUUAUUGAAUAAUUAUUAAAGACUUGCAAGGUCUUUCAAACUCAUUUGUCUCAAAAGUGGCUAUAGCCCUUAAGCCCCAAUUUCUGGCAAUAUUCUUGUGGCGUGGCAAUUUCCCUCAGCAUUAACAGUCCACACCAGGCGAAUCAAAGUGCUUACUGUAUUGACACUCCCUAAAAACACCUCGCUCCUUGUACUAAAAUUUCUGCUUUAAGUACUCUCCCACAGUGCGCAGGCGCAAAUUAUAGAGCGUGUAGUGAUUCGUCUUCUGUGCGGGAAUCAGCUAUGAAGCUCCGAUACGCUAUGGUGUGCUCGUCGAACCAGAAUCGGAGCAUGGAGGCUCAUUCGCUACUGAAAAGAGAGGGAUUUGAUGUGGCCUCAUAUGGUACUGGGCAACACGUGAAGCUUCCUGGUCCUUCUAUUAGGGAACCCAAUGUCUACGACUUCGGAACUCCCUACAAGCACAUGUUCGAUGACCUCCGCCGCAAAGACAUCGAAUUGUACAAACGAAAUGGGAUAUUGCCCAUGCUGAAAAGGAACUUGAGUGUAAAGCUUGCACCUCAACGUUGGCAGGAAAAUGCAGCUGAUGGUCCCUUUGAUGUUGUACUUACAUUUGAAGAAAAGGUUUUUGAUUUGGUGCUUGAAGAUCUUCAUAACCGAGACCAAGUUCUCUUGAAGCCGGUUCUUGUAAUCAAUUUAGAAGUAAAAGAUAACCAUGAAGAGGCAGCAGUUGGAGGUCGUCAAGCUUUGAUUUUGUGUCAAGAACUUGAGGCGACUGAAAAUUGGGAGGAAACAAUUGAUGAUAUCAUCAAUAAUUUUGAGAAACAACACCGACGGAAGCUCCUGUACAACAUCUCUUUCUACUGAAAGGGUGCCGAGCUUAGAGUUCUAAUGGAACUACCAGUUCGAUAUCCAAUUUGGCUGAUGAUAUGCUUGGAAUGCAUCGCCCUUUUGUGUAUAACCUUCCCAGUUAUGGCAAGUGAAGAAAAAAUUGCUCAAAAUCCUUUGCUGGCUUGAAUUGUUUUUGAUGUGUUCCUGCUGCUGCUUUCACAUAAAGCAUAGCAGAAGUAAUGUAACUUUAAUAGUGUUUAUUCGUAGUUCCUUUUUUUCAGACGUAACAUCUUGGAUUGGAGAGCAAAUUAACAAGAUAUACUUUCAUUUCUUGUUA